UCAAAAAAAUAUUUUCUUCAAAAUUUCAAAAACAAAAGAAAUACAAUGCUGCUUCUCUGCUUCACAUGGAAGAAAACACCGCCAAAAUUUCAAUAGCUAAACGCAUCGUUUGGUUUCAAAAACGCAGCGUAGAAUCUCCUUUCGUUUUCUUUUGUGUGCUCUCUCUCAGUGGUCAGUGCAGCAGCAAUGGAUUCCUACACUCCCCUACUCGAAAAAAUCCGGGUCCCGCAACCCUCCCUCCAAAAGUUCGCGGUAAUUUCAAUAUUCUCGAAGCUCCGAUCAGCUCCGGCUUACCUUGACCCGGAAUCCGAUUCCGGAAGAGAAGCUAUCUCUCAGUGUCUCCACUCCUCAUCUCCCGCCGUCGUCGACCAAACGGUUCGCGAGCUCUGUCGCCUUGUCUCGGAUUCUAAAUUGGAUAUCUCUCGCGGGUUUCUGGAGCUUCAAUCUGCACUCGAAGGUGCAGACCCGAAAUUCGUUGGUUUAUUUGUUAAAGGACUGGGAUUCCUCGCUCGGAUCGGGUUUGAAAGGAAUCACGGGUCACGGCAAUUUGGUUCCCACGAUAAUCAUCCGUUUGUUAAGAUUUUAUCAUCCAGAACUGAGGUUCAGUCUGAAUUGCUACGGCAAGUUUUACUGUUUAUGGUACAGAGUAGGCGGUUGGGAACCGCGGAAGUUUGCGAAUUCUUAAGACCUUUUGUGAAUUUUUCCAUUCUGCGGAUACCCUUUUCAGAUUCUUCAUCAUCUUUGUUUGCAAGGCAAUUAAUAUCAUGUCUGGCGUCAUUUUGUUGUUCCUUUCCUAAGGAGGCAAUUCCAGUUUUUAAGCUUCUCAUGGGCUGCCUCAAGUGUUUACCACACAAGAACUCGAAUGAACUUACGGACUCUUAUUAUUUUUUGGAAUGCAUAGUUGAUGCGUAUACAGUGGCUUUGAGACAUUUGGUUAGAAUUGGAUUGCUGGUUCCUGAGGCUCAAUUGUUUGGCAUGGAAUUGUCAGAGACUAUCCUUUCAUUAUUAACACGUCUUCAUGGAAAUUCUGGUUGUACUGAACCAAUUGUUGAACUAGUGAAGGGGUUGUUUGUCAUUCAGAAAGAUCUUACCUUGCGUUAUAUACCUGAGUUGUCGUCAAUAAUGCUAUCCUUAUUUUUUAUCCUUAUUCAAUCUGAGCUUGAGCAUGAACAACUCUCUUUGUUGAAAUUCCUCAUCUUCCUUGUAAAGUGGAAAAGUGAAAAUGAAGAUGCAUCUGAUAGAAGCAAAUGUAGUUUGAAUGAGGAGCUAUUACUCACAUUUCCUGUCAUCAAUCUCAUGUCAUCGACCUCUAGAUCUGUUAAAGGAGCAGCAACUGAUUUGCUUGUCAUGUUAGAAAAGCUUCUAGUACAACUGUUCAGAUCACCAAAGAUUGAACCAGUCAAGGAAGAAAGAUCACAAUCUGUCAGCUCACUUGGAUCUAUUGUCUAUAGACUUUUGCGGCAUCUGUGGUUUCAGGACCAAUUUUCAUGGUCAACUUCCUUCUUUGUACAUUUUGCUUCUAGUGAUAAACUUGAUGCCAAAGAAAUGCAAGAUCUAGCAAUAACCUGGGCUUCUCAAAUAAGAGACCACUGUUUUUGGAUCACUGACAGAAGAAAAUCCUCUCUACCCAUCUCUCGGUCUCACGAAACAUUUUCAAAGGAAAUGCCCCCCUUGCUUGGUGCAAUUACUAGUAUUUUGGUGAUGCAUCAGUCGUUGGAAAGUGUUGCAUUAGAUCUGUUGGCUGCAGUUGGUGUUAUGGAUCCCAAGCAGGGAGUUCCAUUGUUGCUAGCCAUUCUAUUUUACUGCAACAUCUUCACCAAAUAUGAUAUUAGUUACCGGGAUAUGAUGCCAAAACUCUUGGUAGUGCUUCCAUCACUGGCUUCACAUUCUAUGAUGGUACCUCUCAUAAUUCAGACUAUUCUGCCAAUGCUUCAGAAGAAUGGACAACCAGUGUUGUACGCCACAGGAGCUCGUUUACUUUGUCAGACCUGGGUGAUUAAUGACCGUGCCUUUGGCAGUCUGCAGGCGGUGUUACUUCCAAAGGGAUUCACAGAUUUCAACUCUGAGAGACAUGUCUGUUUAAGUCUGGCAACUUCCAUUCGAGAUGUUUGCAGAAAAAAUCCCGAUAGGGGUGUGGACCUUAUCUUAUCCGUUUCGGCUUGCAUUGAGAGCCGGGAUCCUAUUAUUCAAGCCCUCGGUUUACAAAGCCUUGCCCAUCUGUGUGAAGCUGAUGUAAUUGAUUUUUAUACUGCCUGGGAUGUCAUUGCAAAGCAUGUACUAGAGUACUCCUCUGACCCAUUUCUUGCCCAAAGCAUAUGCCUUCUUCUGAGAUGGGGUGCAAUGGAUGCGGAAGCAUACCCAGAAACUUCAAGAAAUGUUUUGCAGAUUUUGUGGCAUAUUGCGUCCACGCAAGAUAGUCAUGUGAUACAAUGGGCAAAGGCGAGGGCCUCUGCAUUUCAGGCCUUAUCCCAAUAUGAGGUCUCACGAAUAGAAAAAGGACUUCCAGAUUUCAAGAGGGAGAACAUGGAGUUGCUUUUAUGCGAGACAGAUGUUGAUGUACUCAAGGCCAUGGAAGGAUUUCAAGUCAAGAUCAUAACAUAUGAACACAUUAAUAGGCGAAGAUUGGUGAAGGAGAAAAAAAUCGUUGGAAGCAAGAUUGAGAAAUUGCUGGAUGUAUUUCCCCAGGUUCUCUUCUCUUCAGAGGAAAAAAGAAAUCCUGGGAAGCUACCUGGUGCAGCCCUGUUAUGCCUUGCCUUUACCCCUAGGGAUGCGAACAACCUAGGGACAUCAAGAGUAUCAGAUGUCCAUGCUGCAUAUGAAAAUGCAAUGGUGGAAAUAGCUUCUUCUCUUCACCUCUCAAGGAACAUUUUUGUUGCGCUUCUUUCACUGCAAUCAUGGAAAGCCUUCAUUCGACGUUGGAUGAGAGCUAAUAUCUUAUCACUUGAUGCAAAAGCAGCAUCUGUUGCAUUAGAUAAAACUUCUAAAGCUGCUAACAUGAUUCUGAAGACUAUGAUUCGACUUGCUGAAGAAUCUAUCCCAAGAUGUGCUGAAAAUAUUACGCUGGCUGUUGGUGCGCUCUGUGCGGUCUUGCCUCCAUCUGCCCAUACUGUCAAAUCAACUGCUUCAAAGUUUCUGUUGAAUUGGUUGUUCCAACAUCAACAUGAACAUCGCCAAUGGUCAGCUGCAAUAUCUCUUGGAUUGAUCUCAAGUUGCCUACAUGCAACUGAUCAUAAGCAGAAAUUUCAGAAUAUCACUGGACUUAUUGAGGUUUUGUGUGCUAGCAAAAGCACCCUUGUCAAAGGAGCUUGUGGGGUUGGCUUGGGCUUUUCAUGCCAAGAUCUACUUACCAGGGUUGAUCCUGCUGAUAGCACUGACAGGGAUGGAGAAAACUACAAGAUUCAAGAAAUUACCUUACUGUGGAAGGUAGUUAGGGCUUUACUUCUGAUGACAAGUCAGCUUAGUAAAGCUUCUCAUGAUAUUCUAGAAAGCUUGUCUGCAUACUUGCUCCCAGGUGUUGAUGAUGUGGAGACCAAUAUGUCUUCUGAGCUGUUUGUGGAUAAGUGUGAUGAUUUGGAGGAAGAUAUUUGGGGUGUUGCUGGAGUUGUCAUUGGCUUGGGGAGUUCUGUUGGAGCAAUAUACAGAGCUGGAGCACAUGAUGUUGUAUUUAAGAUAAAAGACUUGAUUGUAUCAUGGAUUCCACAUGUAGACUCUCUAAAAACUAAUUCUGGUUUUUCCAGCAAAGGAGUGGAUAGAGUUUUAUCUGUAGGAUCUUGUCUUGCACUUCCUGUUGUUAUGGCUUUCUGCCACAGGUUGGAAUUGAUGAAUGAUAAUGAGUUGGAUCAUCUAGUGAAUGGCUAUAUUGAGCUAAUAUCUGAGUUGGCAUCUGUUAAAAAGUCUGGCACUUUUCAUCAGAGCUUGUUGAUGGCAGCAUGCGUUGGAGCAGGAAGCCUUCUUGCCUUUGUUCUGAAUGAAGCUGUGCAUCCUAUUGAAGUUGAACGCAUAAAAAGUUUAUUGGAAUUAUUUAGGAAAUGCUACUCUAAUCCUUUCCCUGCUCUUGUUCAUUUGGGUGGGAUGCUUGGAGUAGUUAAUGCUAUGGGAGCCAGUGCAGGAAUUUUAUUUCCUAGCCAUCAUUUCUCAUCUUCAGUGAAGACUGGUUAUGAACAAAAGGAAUCUGCUUAUAUCUUAGGGCCUUUACUCUCAAACCCUAUUUGUGAACCAAAUUUGACGGCAUUGAUCCAAGAGAUAUUCCUUGUAGCUCAAAAUUGUGAUGAUCUUCAAAUGAAACAAAAUGCAGCUUGGGCAGUUUCGUUCCUCCGAAAUUUUCUGUGGUCCAAGGAAGUACUAAAUGUUGACAACAAUGUUCAGACUGAUGUUGCUCAUUCCAAAAUGGUUUCUCACAGUUUUUCUGAGGAUAAUUUGGUUAUGAAGCUAUCUUUGUGGCUAAUGCAUCUGAAUUAUUCUGCUUUUCAGGCAGGUGCUAUUCCACAUGUUGGCACAGUUGCAACUGUUUUGAGAUGUCUUGUAGGAGCUCCCAGAUUGCCAACCAUGGAUUGGGGAUCGAUCAUCAAGCGCUGUAUGAGAUACGAGGCUCGAGUUUCUGAGUUGUUACCACCAGAUUCAGCUUUUAAGAAGAGAUCCCUUAGGGAGGAAUGCCUUCAUUUCUCAAUUGCUCAUGCAAACCAUUUUGAUUCACUCCUGAUUUUCCUUGAUGAACUAUCUGAGCUACCUAGGUUCAGGACUCUAGAGUUGAAUCUGCAGUCAUGUCUGCUUGUACAUCUGGCUGACCUCAUAAAGAUAUUCUCUAGUUCCAGACUACAAAAAUUAUUUGAUGAUAUAACUGAGUUUUUUUCUUUAGAUUGUUCACCACAAAUUUAUAACUCUGAUCAGAAAACUUCAUUGAGAAUGUCAUGCUGGAAAGGUAUCUGCCAGUGCCUAGAAGAAGCUUCCCUCAGCUCUCCAGAAUACAUCUUAAAUGUUGAAAAGUGCAUGGAGAUGCUGUUUUCUUUAUUUCCUGCAUCAGAAUCAAUUGCCAGCUUAGGAGCAUGUAUGCUACACCCUGAACAAGAGUGGCAUGAGUUCAUUAAAUGCUUAGCAAAAGCUCGAAGGGAUUGGCUAUUGGAUUUCUUGCAGGUUCCAUUGGAAAAUCUAGUUCAAGGUGAUGGACAAUUUAAUGAAGUCCUAAAGAAGAUUGUAGCAAAAGCCAAGCUUGUAAGGAUUGGUUCCAUCCCAUUGUCUGAGCUCGGAAGGCUAAAAGCUUAUAUAUUGAACUCUAAGUUUCAUGUUGCAGGUAUUUGGAAUGUGCUUCUUGAAGUUUUAGCGGCUUUGCAAUGUGCAGAGGGGAGUGUCAAAAGACAGUGGCUUGUUGAUGCUGUUGAAAUUAGCUGUAUAUCAAGUUAUCCUUCCACGGCACUACAUUUUGUUGGUCUGCUUUCUGGUAGUUGUUGUAAAUAUAUGCCCAUUUUGACUCUGGACCGGUCAACAGUAUUGAGUGACCUGCCGGUCACUCUUACCUCUCUCUUGACAGAACCGAACUGGGACAUACUUGCAACAUCAAUCGCUUCUCAUAUUUGGACAUCAACUGAACGCCUAUACCAUUGGGUUAACCGCAUAGUUGUCGAUGAUGCACGUAGUGUGCAAAAUAUCGACGAGAGUGAAAAGGACACAGUUGCUUUUCUAUUGCGCGUGAUGCAUCGGGUAUGUUUAUCUUUAACAGAGUAUUUACCGCUGGAUAAGCAGCUCAUGAUUGCCAACAUGGUGGUUAAAUGAGGCAUUGUUUAUAUGAAGAAGAAACUUAAUAGGAAUAUCAGCUUUUUGUUUAUCUCUGAAAUUUGAUACAAUAGCUUAUGAACGUCAGUUGCAAAUCUUAGUUUUGUUUGUUCUAUUUAAAAAUUGAAAAUGAAGUCUUAUUAAUGGGAGUGUUGGACAGUUCUCAUACAGCAUUACUGGUCUGCAUGGAGUUUUGGCCAGUGGCUUGUUCUGCUAAAAUGUCAAGCUUAGCGCAAGCAGUUUAUCCUAAAAUGUAUUGGAUUUUAGAUUUA